CAUCUUCAUUUAUUCUUUCAGCUUCCAGAGGGAAGCGUUUGUCACAGGCAGUAUGGCACAAUCUAUGCGAAACAUGCUGGAUGCAAACACCGCCAACUUUAAGAGGUCUCUGGACCGAAUCGCUGAAAAGUAUUCAAAACUCAAGGACAUGGACGACGUGCUGGAGGUGGAUAUCAACCAAAUUAAACUAAGAACUCUUUCAAAGUUUUUAGAACAGUCCAGAGACCACCUUGAAAAAUCGGCCUUAAAGUGCCAGUCAGAUGAAAGAGAUUGCUCCUUAAACUCAAGUGUCACUGCACAUUCUGAGUUAAAUUCGUCAUGUGAAGCUGAUGAAGUGAAGAACGACAGUGAACUUGCUGAUGAGGAUAGCGCAGAGGGAACUCUCAAGUCAUUGGAUGAGACAUGGAGGAACCCGUCAGAGAGCGAGCUCCUGCCAGAGGACCAAGACGAAGAGCUGCAGAAGUCUCUGAGCAGUCGGUCCAGCUCCCUGGCCGACCUCUACCCAAUGAUGGUUAGUCGGAUAGAAAGCGCCUGGCGUCGACAGACUUCGUCCACGUUGGCCAGCUCCGUGCUGAGGCGGUACCGCCGGUGGAGGCAGCAGCCUAAGAGACUCAACACCACCUUUGACAUCACAGCGAGACCUAAUGAUACCCACCUGAAACCGUCGGCCAGUAAGAGGCUUCUCGGAAAGGGCUCGGGCAGACCUGCAGAGAGAAUGUGGACUGAGACGAUACGUCGUCCUCGUCCUGUAGCCUCGACACUGGCGAGCCUGCGUACUGGGCGACAGUCUCCUGGCAGGGAGAGGGAAUUGCUGAUCGGGGACACCCCACAUACCAUCAGGGUAAUGGACUUCUCUGACACCGCUAAGCCACAAGAGAUGUCGUUGAACGAGGCUUCCACUGUGUCAGAGUAUUCCCCUCGUAAACAAACCCGCCUUGCUGAUCAGAUCCCCAUCAACACCUCAUCAGCUUCUUUCAGCAAUGCCAAAUCAUCCCCAGAUUCGUCCUUCAGGCUUAGGAGACUUUCUGUUUCUUCAGACCAAGCAGAGGUCUCAGCAGCAGAAACUCUCUCUGUGCCAGAGAGGCCCGAUAUCUACAGAACCCUGGCUUGGCACAGUCCCCUCAGUCGGUCUCCUCUUGCAUUUUCCAGAAGAAAAUACGAGGAGGAUUGGUCAAGAGAACCGAUGAAGCCUAGAUCACUCUCCACUUCCACGUCCUCUCCUUCCAAGAGGCCUUUUGUGCUGGGGAAGAUGUUUGAGCCCCAAGAUUCCCCUCAGUCACCCCAACAACGGCCCGUCUUGCCUCCGCUGGCCCGGGCAGAGGCUUGCCACCGCGGUUUCAGACGAACCCUCUGCUACGACUCUUCCCCACCACGCCACACCUACCAACUGUCAAAGAAAGUCGAGGAGGACUACCUGAGGGUUUACCACAAGUUUGUGUGCCAGAACAAAUCGGCUCCCUUCGACCCCCUUCCUUGCCGUCUGUGUGGAAGAGGCUCUGAGGCCGGGAAGACCUCCAAGUCGUUGGCAGCACUCGCCUUGUCGCCCCACCGCUCCAUCCUGAGGAAGCGCCACAGGGAGCAGAGGUACGACAGCCACCCGCAGUCCAAACGCCUCCGGUACGAAAACUACGCCUACUCCCCGGGGUCCAAGCGUCACAGCAAUGAGAUGCUGAGAUGCUGCCAGUGGCCCAGCGCCGUCCCUUACAGCCCCAGUAAACCCAGAUCCCAGGAGUCUACACCGUACCUGGAGGCCUGGAUGGACCGGCACCAGCCUCUCUUCUUUUCUCCGGGUGAGCCCCAAUUGGGAUCCAGCAGAAACUGGAGAUAAAUCAAGACGAACGAGAAAACUACAUUUGGGCCUGUGGAGAAGUUUUUAGAUCCAAAUAAAUUAUGUUUUUAGAGCGGCUGCAGUGUGGCGUUCAUAGGAGUCCUUUCUUGUUCUUUUUGAAUCAUAGCUGAAUCUAAAGCAAUCUGAAUCCUUGUAAGGCGUAUGCUGUUCAUCUCAUUGUUCUUGUUUUUAUGUUUGCCUUUAUUAAAGUUUCAAAAAUAUUGAGUUGGCAAAAAGAAUAAAUUCAAUUUAAAGA